ACCGUCCGCGUCCCGCACGCUCCCUGGCGGCUGCAGGGCCACGGCCCGGGGACGCGACUCGGGAAGGAAGGCGGGCUUGUGAGCGCCCUUCCCUGCCCCGUCUCGUAGCGGUAACCACAGAAGGAUGCUCGAUGUGUUUCGUUCAAAAAGGCAUCUGGAAACGAGCAGACGAAACUUAAUGUAGGCUAAAACUUAAAAUAGCUUAAGUCUUGAUUGCAUUUUAUGUUGCUGAACUUGUCCUUUAGAACAUUUCCUCUUGCUUUGGAUCUGGGGUCUGGAAGAGGUUACAUAGCUCAACAUUUAACCAAGGAAACCAUUGAAAAGCUUAUUCAAGUUGAUAUUGCAGAGAAUGCUUUAAAAAAUGCUGUAGAAUCUGAAAUCCCUACGGUCAAUGUUGUAGCUGAUGAGGAAUUCCUUCCUUUCAAAGAAGAUACAUUUGAUCUUGUUGUUAGCAGCUUAAGUUUACAUUGGGUGAAUGACCUUCCUAGAGCUUUUAGAGAGAUUCACCAAGUUCUUAAGCCAGAUGGAGUAUUCAUUGGUGCAAUGUUUGGGGGAGACACCCUGUAUGAGCUUCGCUGCUCUUUGCAGCUAGCAGAAUUGGAGAGGGAAGGGGGAUUUUCUCCUCACGUAUCACCAUUCACUGCCGUCUCUGAUUUGGGGCAUCUGCUGUCGAGAGCUGGCUUUAACACCCUGACUGUGGAUACUGAUGAAAUUCAGGUCAACUACCCAGGGUUGUUUGAGGUUAUGGAAGAUUUGCAAGGUAUGGGUGAGAGUAAUUGCUCUUGGAAUAGAAAACCUCUGCUACACAGGGAGACCAUGUUGGCAGCUGCUGCAAUUUACCGAGAAAUGUAUGGAAAUAGCGAUGGCUCGGUACCUGCCACGUUUCAGAUAUACUACAUGAUUGGCUGGAAAUUCCAUGAGUCACAGGCAAGACCAGCCCAGAGAGGUUCUGCAACAGUUUCAUUUGGAGAUCUGGCGAAAAUAGAUGGACUUCUUUCAAGAGGAAAAAAAUAGUUCUUCAUCAGAAAUAAUAGUUGUCUUGAAGCUUCUAUAAAACUUCUCAUUGCAAAUAGUCCUCACUUGUGCUUAUUUUGUGACGAUACUCUGCAAUUAUGAUAAUCUUCACACAGCAGGUGUUUGGUUUUUUUACUGCCUAUGCUGCGACAUCAACUGUGUGAAAUGGUGUUCACUUUUUUGUUUCUAGAGAAAUAUUUGAGUGGUAUUCAAAGUGAAUACAUACUCUCCCAGCUUUUGACUAAAUUACUAUUCUCAAAUGUAAUGCCUCUUCCAGCCCCACAACUGGAAAUAUUUCUAAACAUGAAUAGUAGAGCUCAGCCAUAAAGAAAGUUGGAUGCUUCAUUGUAGCUCAGCUGAAUGUAUGUAACAUGAUUUGACUCAAUUUACUGGAAGGAGUAGCAAGUGGAAGAGUCCCCUAGCACUCGGAUGUGUAUGUUUCAAAUCCUUUAAUUAGCAUAGAAUUGGCAUUCUCUGGAGUUGGUACUCUUUUGGAGAUCCAUGGCUUUUUUGACCUGUUCUUUUAUCUCAUUGCAUAUGAAAAAUUAUCUAAAUAUGAGUUAUAAGUUACAUAUACAUGUUACUUUCUGCUUUUCUACUGGCAGAGGCUGAAAGACAUGAAGUAUACUUUUUUCUCCUGAGCUCUGACACGGAGCCAUGGCUUUUCCUGUAUAUAACUGCAUUACCAGAAAUUGAGGUUAGUUACAAAUAUGGCCCAUUAACCUGGGGUGUUUAGAAAAAAUAAUCUAUGCAGAGAUUUCACUUGAUUGUAGUACUGAUAGAGAGUGGUAGAAGCAAAAAGCAUGAAGGAUAUAUAAUCAGGUAUACCGUUCAAUCAGUUUUAUCAUUGUAUCUAGGUGUUGUAUCAGUGCUGGUGGAAAUGAAAGCUUCUCCAGGCUUGUGUUAAGAUUAUCCAGCAGGUGGAGUUUGACAGAGUGGUGUGGCACAGACCAAAUAGGCAAGGUAGGCAGAAGCCUUUGUAUUCUGUCAAGGAUUAUUGAAUUGUGAUUCAAAGACUAAUACAGAUAUUAAAGUUACCUCUUGCUGCUUAACCAAUGUUCAAUUUUCAAAAUAACAGAAAUGCUGUUUAAAAAUAAACUAUUCAUGUGGUAUUCAGCUGGCUAGAAGAUGAACUUAAGGGUCUAAUUUGGGGGGUUAUUUUAUCUACCAGGCUUUGACUUUGAGUGAGAAAUGGACAGAGAAGGUACAAAACAUUGUGAUAAGGAGGGUAGGAAUACUCAGUACUGCUUUUGCUUACAAGCCUAAAUCCAUAAUUAUUCAAGGGGAAUGAGUUCAUCUUUCAUUUUCCUUAGAAAAGAACAGUAACCCUCCUGGAAAAAGGAGGAGGGGCUGUAAGUGGUCUGAUAACCUUUGUAACCCUUAGCACUAAAUCUAAAACAAGAGCUCGUAUCUCUGAAAGCCUCCUUUUUUGGGGGGGGGAGGGGAGGGAGGUUGAUUGAGGUUUUUUUUGUAGCACAUCAGUGGACUUCAUACAAGAUACUGCAUCUUUCCACAGAUCUUCUCUGGCUUAAAUAAAAUUCACUUAUUCCAAGGGGAAGCUUUCCAGUUUCCCAGAUGUAGGCUUCCAUGAAGUUGUGUCAAAUGACUGUAACUUUAUGCACUUUUGCUUUAGUAGGUUAAUUUCCAGUCGCUUGAGCUGGCGGUUAUGACUCAGAUGUGUUAAGGGAAUGAGGAGGUGGAAUGUGCUGGGUAAAUGUUAAUUGGAGAAAUGCUCCUACUGUGCUUGUUUGAAGCACUUGGUUGAGAAAAGGAAGGAUUUCCAGUUCUUUGAUUCCAUAUUCUGGAAUAUGUAAACAGUAAAGUAGGUAAGACUGUGAUUUGGUAAUGGGGGAGUGUACCUCCUGAACAGGGAGAAAUAGAAGAGUAGUUUUCUUCCUAGCACUUAGCAGGGGGGGAAAAAAAGUUUAGAUAUUCUGUUAACUUGGAAAAGGACUGGGGAGUAGUAGAAGUGAGGAAUAAUAAAUAUGGCAUUGGAGCAGUGUUGAUUUGAGUUAGGGGGCAUGCAACCGACAGCUGAGGUGUUUAUUUCACUGGCUGGCUGUGUUUGAAUAACUGCCUUUUAUGUGUGUUUUUAACUGCAGGGGUUUUUUUCCCUGUAGUAUUUCUUGGAGUUCUAGCUUACUCUGGUUUCCAGUAGUCACUUUCUUUGUAUGGCACUUGAAUGAAUAGCUUUGAAAACCGUUAGUUUACUAUGAACAGAUGUUUUUGUCACAUAAGGCUCUGUUAAAUUCGAAUUCUCUUCUUCAGAUUUAAGUCUUUAUGGCUUUCUAAAAUUGUAGCCAGUUGCUAGUCUAGAAAUUAUUUUAAACUCUAAGUACAUGUUAAAAAUCAUCUUUUGCAGAGUAACUUCUAAAAAGUAGUUGCUAAGGUGACAAUGUCUUGUAAGCUUAGUUAGUUUUUAAAAUCUUUAUGAAUAAUACAGAAUGUUUUUCUCCUGAUGAUAGAAGAAUGGAAAAAGGAAUUCUAGGAGAUAAUUAUUUUGACUAAUCAAAAGUUAGAAGCCCAUAAAUAAAAAAAAGUUUAGAAGCAGCAUGUUUACACUUAAUGAACACUGGUAUUUUUGAGCCUCAAAAAGGUUCUGAGGGUCUGAGUCAUAGAUCAGCGAGCAUGCUUGUUCAGUGUCUUUGAUUACAAGAUCUGUCAAUGUAUAGUUUUAUGUAAGUCUGCUUAGGAUAUAGGGAUGAUAACGAGGCCUUACAUCUUGCAACCCAAGCAUUAGAUUUUGCAGAUGUCAUGCUUUCAAAAGACUGAGAAUUUGUGAAGUUAAAACAUGUGAAAGGCUUCUUGAUUAUCUCUAAUUUACAAAAAUGUCAGCAGAAGUACAUAGUGAACCAUACAAAAUUAAAUUUAACUGUUUUUUUACGCUGCUUAAAAAAAAGGAAUAAACACGAAUGACACUUUUUUCAAUGUUUUCUAGAAGUCAGCUAAAACUAAAGCUUGUCAGUUGUGGGGGUAGAAACUUGCCAAUUUUUCAUACAGUGUUUAAUUAGAAUUUCCUGAUGCAAAGAUCUGAUCUAGUGGAUUAAAUUUAUUAGAGCAUCUUCUUCAAGAAGCCACAUUAAGAAAGCUAGCAUAUGUGUUAAACCAUUUAAAUUUCCAUUUGUCUAACCCAAGAACUUAAUAUCCACUUUUCAAAGACAUGAUCUAUUUUGGUCCAGAUUUUGGAGCCAUUAUCUAGGGGGUGUACAGUUAUAGUAGUUUGAUUGGAAUCAGUCUGAGCACUGAAGCAUGUGACCUGUAUAGAUACUUGGUUCAUUUCCUGAAUAUCUUAGGUGCCCUCAGGUGAAGGAAAAGUAAAAAGAGAAUAAAGAAAAAGAAAAACCUGAGACAGUUGAGUUUUAGCCGAAGGCUGCAUAUUGGUGUGAAGUAGAAAACACUGAAGAGAGUGCAUGUGCUUCUUGUAGGGGAAAACAACUUGUGGCUUAAAUCAAGCUAGAAUUAAAAUGCUUUGGUUUAUUAAUUGCUUGUAAUUAACUGUUAGCCCAUGAACUAUACAUGCAGGAUUAAUAGCAGCAAUAUGACAGAUAAGUGACUGACUAGACCCUUACAAAGCCUUAGUAAACACCUUCAGAUACCUAAACACAUCUAAACAGCAAUCCCUGACAAGUUUGCAGUUAUGUGCUCACCUCUAUCCCUUUAACAGGAGGUUUGGGUUAGAAGAGCCCACCCUUCCCAGGAGCACGUUAGCCUAUUUUCCAUGCAUCUUUGGAGAUGGGGAUGCUGUAGCUGCAUGCAUACCUGUGUUGUUCCCUAUGCUUCACUAAUCCACCCACUUGUUGGACAGCACCCCACGAGGGGAUGCGCAGUCAGUGCUUGUUGCACCCUGUACUGUCAGCCCGCUGGCAGGCAUGCAGGCUGCUCCUGGCUGCUGGGGAGGGUGAUCCCAUAGGCCUCAACAGAGCUUGAGAUGCCAGGAGGGCAUUUUCUCGGUGUCAGUCCAGGUUUUGACUGCUUCUCUCUUCUCACUGUUAGAAAUGUUAGUGCUUUGGAUACUUGAUUUUAAGCUGAUGCUUUUUUCCCCACCCAAGGUCUCUUGGUAACUGUUUAAUCUGGCUGAUGGUUGUCUUCGUUUUCAGCCUUACCAGAUUGUGAGCAAACACGCUCUCAGUUUUGGAUAUUCUGUUCACACACAUUACACUUGUAUUUAUAUCUUAGCAGCUGAUAUUGUCGCGGCUUUUUUGCCAGGAGGAGGCCACGUGGAUUGGCUCCAUGACUUGGAGCUGUUUCUUGGGGUACAAGGUGCAUUCAUAAAGAGACAAAGUUCUCCUCAGAAAAAUGUUUCUGUUUGGAACCUCAUGUUGGAGCAGUCAUGAUGAAUACUGGGGAAUCGUAUUUGGCCUCAAAGUGUUCAUGGUAGGCCAGAAUGUAUCACAAUACAGCAGUCUCCUAAUGGCUUCAUUUUUACUGCACUAAUGAAUCCCAAUUCAUGCAUUUGUUUUUCUGUGUUCUGUAGGGAUUCCUUAUACUUUGUGCAAGUAAAGUGCAACUUGAAGUUGUGAUCUGCAUGUUGAGUGACUUCUAAUCAUUGACCUAUUCUUUUAAUAUUGCACCCAGAGUUUGUGUGAGUACACUAAGAAAAUAAAGAAUAAAACUACCCUUGUGAAUAAAUGUAUUUAUCAAGAAAAUUUCUAUACUUCUGUUCAAAUAUAAUUCCUGGUUUCAUAGAUUACAGAACUACAGGGACAGAAAUGUGUUGGAUACAUUUCUGCUGUAUAUAAUACCACCUUUUUAGCCAAAUAAACAACCUAAAAAAAGUGACUAUUUUACUUAGUAUAUGCAUUACUUUAAAUGGUUUGAAGACCUAAUCUUAAACUUUUUACUUCUAAGGUGAAGUACCCUAAUAUUAAGAAAUUACUUAUUCUGUAGAAAUAGUAUCCAAAAUGAACAGUUUACUAAGGGAAUCUAAUGGGUAACAGGUCUAGUAACUAGUAACUUCAAAUUUUUUGUUGAUACUGGAAUUCCUGUACUCUGUUUUCUCCCUGAACAGAGCCACCGAUGGAUGUAUGUAAUGUCCCCUUUUUAGCUCCUCCAUCAUCUCAUCUCUACAAAGUGUAUAUAUAUACUUCUUUAGCAUCUAGGUGGCACAAGCAUCCAUUCUUACCAAAAGCUACUUAAGGGAUGUCAAGUCUCCUACUUAUUUUCUACUAUGUAUUCUAUUUUUCUUUUUGUGAAGAUCUAUUAGUUUAUUCCAGUUCUAGAAUUACUCACUGCUUUAAUUUGGUGCAGAACUUACUGACUUUUGAUAGAGGACUUCUGAUGUUAUUUCUUAAUAUCAGAGUCACUUUCACUUUUGUAAUUAAAAAUGUAAUUCCCAUAAAGAACCACUUUAGAUUUGAUGAUUAUAUUCCCAGUCAGUAUUUUUCCUGACUCAGCAGCAGAAUGCCCAGUCUUACAGGAGUAAUAUUGCUGGUUUGAGGCAACAGCUGUAGCAAGAUUUAGUUGGUAAACUAAUGCUGAACUUCCUAGGUAGCCAGGUUCAAAAUAUAGACCAAAGUCAUGUCACAGCCAUUUGCAUAGCAUCCCAUCCAUGCCUGAUUUUUUGCCUGUCAAUUUCUUUAGUUGCCUAUAGUUAUUUCUGGAAUUCCAAAAAAUAGCAGAGAUGUAGCUACUGCCAAGAGGUUUUGUUAGUCACAUCUCAAAGCAUUCCUUAGAUUAUUUUGCCUACAGGAGUCAGCUUAGAAGGUAUUCUCAGGAGGAGCUGUGGUGCUGUUCAGUCAGCAGGCAUAGAGCACUUGUUUGAUGUGUGGAUGAUUGAUCUUCGAUUACCACCUUUCACAAAACAAAUGAAAACAUCUGAAGUUUAUAUGUAAGCUUUCCAAAUAGUAGCUUACAGUUUGGAUUUGGUUUUGUUUGGUUGUUUUUUUUCUCUCCUUGCUCAGUGGAUCUUUGUUGUAUGAACACUGAAUGGAUUGGGUGAUUGCAUCUAUAUUCAGGACGUUUUACUGCAUGGUGGCUGGUACUUUUUGGUAGAUGGGAGUUAAUUAUCCCUUAUUCAGAAGAGAGAAUUUAAUUUAUAGCUUCUACAACUCUGUGGUUAGCUAUCUCAAAGUUAUGGAAUUAAAAGGUAAUAGUAUGAUUUUUUUUAUUGUCCCCUGAGAUAUGCUUGGAGUAGACUUAGUUGUUUCACUUUGGGAAAGGAUUCAGGUUUACAAACCCAAAGGCUUCAUAAUUGCAGGGAAGUGUUUCCUUGCGGUUCCCUGCAGAGAGUUAGUAUAUCUUCACAAAUGUAAAAUCACUCUGCGUCUGUGCUCCUUGCUGGUCUUUUCUACUGGGCAGCUCAGCUUUGUUUUACCAGCUUUCCUAGAUGUCUGAACAGUCACACAGAGACAGUGAGUAAUUUCAGAAAUCUUGAGCAUCGAAGUCAGAGUCCCUUAGCUGUAAAAGGAUCUAAGAGUUAGGUGUUACAGUACUGAGUACUGCAGCAUACAAAUGCUUCUGUACAUCUACGGUCUCAGAUUCUGCUUUUGAGUAUUGCUGAAUAACUCCAUUUAAUUGUACUGUAAAUAUUAUUGGGUUUCUAGCGGUUAACCAUCUUGAAAACACAUCAACAUGACUUAGUAAGUGUAACACUUGAAAUGAAUUUACAAAUGAAUCUUGGCAUAAGACAAAUGUAUUUUAACACUGCAGUUUGUAUGCCUGCUCUCUGCAUAUUUAUUUUCAACCUCCAGUUGAUUAGCUGCUUUGUCUUGUGUACAGAAAUGGCCUGUUUAAUGCAGUGGGAAGUCAAGUAGAAGCCGGCAUUUGUUAAUGGAUGCUUAGAACAGGCACAGUCAGAUGUUUUAAAUUAUUCUAACUAAGCAGUAAUUGUAAUUUAUUUCUAAAGAUAGAAGUAUAGCAACCCAAUUACCUAGUUUCCUCACAGACUGUAAUGAGUACAGUUAGCAUAAAAUUGGUCUAUAAAUUUAAUGGGCAAAUUCUUGUUGUGUGGACAUUGAAAACACUAGCAAAAAUGUGGCAAGCCCUGUUAGAGUCUAUAUAGUAACUUGUUCCCAUUAGAUGCUUCCUUGACAAAAUGCAUUACUGUAAAAUAUCCAUCAAAUCUGUUCAGUACAAGGAGUUCUUAAAGUAUUAGCUCAACAGGGGUGGAAGUAGAGUUGAAAGUUCCUUCAGGAAAAAAAACUUCUUUUUGUCUGGGUUAGCAGUAGGGGUUUUUUCCCUUUUUAACAUGGUAUUACGACUAUACAUUCAAACUUGUGAUAUAUUUCAGGUUGUGGUUAGUAUCAGGCCAGUUUUGUAUGUGCAGCCUUAUAAGAAUACUUGGAUCAGUUCUUCUAAAUGUAAAAUAUACGUAUAGAUGAUAAAGAUAAAAAAAGAAACAAACAUGUUGGUACUGCACUGAAAAGGGAAGGGGGUGCUGGAGUCCCCCAGCCAAUGCAGAGAUUCUCAAACAAGGAUUCCGGCAGCUGCUGAUGUACACAGGUGCCAGCAGUUGUGUAGUUUGCUGGAUGUAACCAGGUCUGAGGCACUUCAGAAUUUCUAGCUGAUAGAAUCCAAAGGAUGCUUUUCCCUCACUUCUAGAGCUGAUUUGUCUAUGAUGGGAAAUUCUCUUUGUGACUGUAUUUUUAUACAGUACAGUAAAGAAAACUGAGAAAAACAUAGUUACGUUGCACUGACCUGCCAAGAAUGAAGUGGUAAAAAUUACAGGCCACAAGAACAUGUACUUAGUAAAAUAUGAAGUUUCUUCUACUUUGCCUGUUCUGUAGAGCAUGAAUAAACUGUCAAAAACCCCCGAGGCUUGAAGAAUAGAACCAAGUUUUUCAAAGUAUGUUUUCAUGAUGGACUUUUCAUUUCACCUCUUUGUGCAAGCAGGCAUUACUGGAAAGAGGGAUGAAUGUAAGAGACUUUUCCCUAUCACAGACUUCUCAAUCAUGAAAAUGCUUUAAUUACUUUGACAGUGCAUCCAUUUUAAAAGUACUUUUAUUGCAUCAUUCUGUUAAGUACAAUGAAUAAAAUUACGGCUAUGGCUACGACUGUGAAAGUAGGAGUGAGUUAUUUCUUGUGGACUAGAACACCGACUUAGUGGCACUGACUUUCCUAGGGAUUUAUGCCCUACCACACUUUUUCCUACUUGAUAAUUUUGUACAGCACAGUUGCCUGCCUUCCUGUUUUUGCCUUAUAACACUAACUGAGCAAAUGGAAUAGUGUGGCUGAUCCUGGGCUGCUUCUGUGAACUAGUGGGCCACUGUGUGUACUCUGUGGCUAGCAGCUGGCCAAACAAAACAGGCAGUGUGUUCAAUUCUCUUGUUUGUAGGUCCAUUAGAAGAUGUAUUGUUACACUUCUAGGAUUUAACUCACAGCAAUGUAAAUUCUUUUAUUAAAAUGUAUUAUUUGCUUACAUUAUAUAA